AUGCUUAGCGCCCUACGUCGCUUCGGCGUCAGCCAUGCGCUGCGAGCCUCGACGCCUCGCGCUGUAUCGUCCGGAUUGACUCCCCGAGCUUUGCAAUGGCAUCCUUCCUCCUCCGCUUCGCUCCAAUUUGCGCCGAAGUCCUUAUACCAUGUUUCUGCUCCCCGUUUCUCUGCAGCUCAGGCGCAGGAACUGAGUGUCGAGGAGAGCGAGGAGGUGGCCAAGUUUUCACAGUUGGCCGACAAGAACCUAGUUGAUCGCAAAAUCAUCCGGACCAUCACCGAGAGGAUGAACAUCACCGACAUGACCGAUGUCCAAAAGAUGACCAUCGCAGACACGCUGAAAGGCGGCGACGUGUUGGCCCAGGCUAAGACUGGUACCGGAAAGACGCUCGCAUUUCUUCUCCCGGUGUUGCAGAGCAUACUCAAUGAUCGCACCCUAGACCUUAGUCGACGCUCCUCCCAUUCCUCCACCGACAUUCGCUCUAUUAUCAUCUCCCCGACCCGUGAAUUGGCGGAACAGAUUGCCACUGAGGCGAAACGGAUCUCCGCGGGUACUGGUAUCCAGGUGCAGACGGCCGUCGGAGGAACGCAGAAACGGAUGCACUUGGACUUGAUGCGGAGACACGGAUGUCAUCUGUUGGUUGGCACCCCCGGCCGCCUCCUCGAUCUUUUGUCGGAUCCUUACAGCCGCGUCCGGGCUCCCCAGUUGUCCUCGUUCGUCUUGGAUGAAGCGGAUCGUCUGCUCGAUGAAGGGUUUUCCGAGGACAUUUUCGAGAUCCAGUCUCACCUUCCUGCCCCCGAAGAGGUUGACCGACAAACGCUUCUGUUUUCGGCUACCAUGCCCUCUGGAGUGAUGAAGAUGGUUAACCGGAUCAUGAAGCCCGACUACAAGUUCAUCCGGACUAUCAAGGAGGAUGAAGUUCCCACUCAUCUCCGUGUGCCCCAGAAGUUGGUUACCCUGAAUGGAUUUGAAAAUGCCUAUCCUGCCAUUUUGGAACUGGCCAAGAACUACUUGGCCUCAUCAAACGAGCGCCCAUUCAAGGCCAUCGUCUACUUCAACUCAACCAAGGAGGUCAACCUGGCCUACGAGGUGUUCAACAACAUGGUCAACGAACCCGGGGCUGUUCGCAGCGGACACCCCCUCGGCAAAGUACGCAGAUACGAGCUGCACUCCCGCCUCACCCAAGCUCGGAGAUCUCUCUACGCUGACAAAUUCCGUGCCGAUAAAUCUGCCAUCCUCUUCUCGUCCGAUGUCACGGCCCGUGGCAUGGACUUCCCGGAUGUCACGCAUGUCAUCCAAGUCGGAAUCGCUCGCGACCGGGAAUCCUACAUCCAUCGUUUGGGCCGCACCGGGCGUGCCAACAAAACCGGCGAAGGGUGGACUUUCAUUCACCAGAAUGAGCAAAGGUCUUUGAACCAAAGGCUACACAGCCUGCCGAUUGAAAAGGUUGACUCGCUGGCUACAGCCUCCGUUGACAUCACCGACGAGGCGGCAGGCGCUCCUGCUGAGGCCGAAGAGACCUUGGAGCAAGUCGCAGACGCCUUGGAACAAGUUCCCGAAGACUUGAGAGUUGAGAGCUGGAAGGCCAUGUUCGGCACCUUGGUCGGCACUUUUGAUGACCAUCGGGUUAUGAUCCAGAGCAUGAAGGAUCUGGCUUUGCAUGGGUACAAACUCCCUCAGGUGCCGCCUAUGCCUAGACAACUUGGCAACUCGAGACGCAGCAGGGGUUCAUCUAUGUCCGGCGGACAACGCUCCCGGGACCGAUUCUCAGGAAGGCAGGGUGAUGGUCCGUACAGUCGUGGACCCCGUUUUGAAAGAAAUGGCCAGAGGCACCGUCGCGAACCCCGUCGCGACAAGCCCUUCUAUGAUUUCUAA